GUUGUGAAGUCAAGUCUCAAAUCUCUUGGCAAUUGGACACAAGAGAUUGGGUUGUCUUUUCUGAUAGACUUGUUGCGUGAGUUACAGUCAUUUUGGAAAUGGUUAAGCACUCACAUCAUUCAUCACUUAAAUAGUUAUUCUCUAUAGUGCUCUACAAAACUACUAUACAGUGUAGCAGCGAAUACCAAAUGCUUUGCUUUUGCAAUGAAUUCAUAUCUAAAGUGAAGUCAUUUCGACGAAUAAAUCUCUGAAUGCUUUCAAACAGCUCUCCGUUGACUGAGAAUGAGAGCGCCGGUAGAAGACGUGGAAAAUCGGGCGCAGGUGUCAGACAUCGCCUCAAUUGUCUGCCAACUCUAUCCUCACUUCAUUCACACUCUUCCUCUUCAGUCAAAAAGAACAAGAGUUUGAAAGUAGGGAUGAAUACGAGUAAACCGAUCAAAACGACCACAAAGAAAGACAAUUUCGUGAUUAAGUUAGGGAAUCAACAGUUUAUGCAACACAUGACCAAAACUGGCACCUCUUCGAUGUCCGUCAACAAAGACAAGGAAGAGAGCGGUGACCAGUGUUUCACUUUUCAACAGAAAGUCAAAGUGUUUUUUGUUCUUUUGAUGAUUCCAUCAGCGGUUGUGGUCUUCACUAACAAUAAUAAGUUCAAUAACGACAACAACUCAAACCAAUUGCAAUACGAUCCGAGGACAGGCCAUCCAUACCUUCCCGGACACUUUCCCGGAGCUGGAGCCUUUCCUAAUGGUAUGCCCGGGGGUUAUGGGGGAGGCUUUCCUGGCAAUGGAUUCCCUGGACAAAGAUUCCCGGGCCGAGACGGACGACCGAAUUAUCCCGAUUGGAUGCGACGACCUGAUGACCCGGGAGAGGCCAUGCGAGAGCAUUUGGAGCAAAUGAAUGGCAGAAACGAAGAAAACGAAAGCUAUGAUCCGGAAGACAAGAAUUUGUAUAAUAAUAAUGAAGAGAUUGAAAAGCAUUUUAUGAAUCAAAUGUCAGACACAGAACCACACGAAGAGCCGAAUGAAAGAAAAGAUGAAAAGCCAGUGAAUAACGUGGAAAACAGCAAAAAGUUAAACGAAAAGCAAAUUGAAACGAAUGCUAAGAAAGAGGAAGUACAGCAUUCAUCAGACAGUGGAAAGACUGCUCCCGUCAAAGAAUCCGGAAAUUCUGAUGUGUUUAUGAAACCCAAUGACAAAGAAAUGAAGACAAUUAUGUUGUGGACACCGAUUGAUGAGCCCGUAAUGGAAGGCAAUCAGGCAUUCAUUGACGCAAAAUGUGUUAUUAAUAAAUGUAUUUUUGUAACCAAUAAGUUAUUAGUGGAUCAAAGCGAUGCCAUAGUGUUUAGUGCACGACAUUUGCCAACAUAUAAACCGCCAAACUUUAGGUCCAAACAACAGAAAUGGAUUUUCUUUAGCAGUGAUUCGCCUCAAUAUGACACACAGGAAGAGCUCAACUCAAUGUCUCUGGCAUUCAACUGGAGCUGGACUUAUAGGUCGGACUCAGACAUCAUAUACAACGCGGCAAAUGUCGAGCAAAUGGAUUGGGAAAGCAAUAAGUCGUUCAAAGACUCCGAUAUCUUCUAUGACUGGAGAAAGAAAACUAAAAUGAUUUUAUCGAUUCAACACAAUUGCCAUCCAAACAGAGAAGAGAGUAAUUAUGUGAAUCAAUUCAAGAGUUAUAUAGACAUUGAUAUUCACAGCAAAUGUUCUGAUAAUCAAAAUCCAAUGGAUAUAACAAAUCAAACUGAACUGAAGGCGCUGUCAGAAAAGUAUCUCUUUAUCCUUGUAUUCGAGAGCUAUUGCAAAGACUUUGUGAGCAAACGAUUGCAUCAAUAUCUAGAGCACAGUAUAAUCCCUAUCGUGAAGGGCGGCGCCGACUAUUCAAAAAUAGUUCCGCAAAAUUCUGUCAUCAAUACCAAUGACUUCACUUCAGCUAAAGAUUUAGCGGAUUAUGUGUUAGACAUCGGCACUGAUUUCCAAAAGUAUAAGAAAUUCUUUGAAUGGAAACGCAAUCAUAAGAUUAGUUACAAGAGGAAAGAUUUUUGCCAACUUUGCGUCAAAUUACACAAACGGGACAACUCUGGCCACCACUCCUUCCAACUCAAGGAGUGGUGGUUUGCAGGCACCCACUGUAAGCACUGA